AACAGAUCAGCAUAUCCGGGUUUAGCAUAUCCGUUAGAGAUAUUUGGUUCACCGGAUAAAUCAUCAAAUUCUCACUCUGCUAUCUUUUUAUUUCCACAACGAUGGAGGUUCUUGGUGUGUCAGUUUCACCUCUCACCUCAACGCCCUCUAAUCCCAGGAACUAUCAGCAUUACAGUAACCACCGAUUCGGAAAAACCCAUUUCUUCAACCCGUCAUCUUUGAAACACAAACCCCUUCACCAAAUUCAGUUUAAGUCCAGCUGCAAGGGGAUCAUAAAAGCGCAAGCAGUCGAUGAAGAUUACGAGUUAAAGCAAGUGAAAGAUAUGGCUGCAGCCAGGAAGAGAUGGGAGGCCCUGGUAAGGGAAGAGAAAGUGAAAAUGCUUACACCAAAGGAAGCUGGAUACGCCAUUCAACUUUCUGGCAAAACUUUACUUGAUGUUCGUCCAUCUACAGAGCAUGAAAAGGCAUGGGUUAAAGGGUCAGCUUGGAUCCCAAUCUUUGAUGUCGAUACUCAGUUUAAUGCUGGAACUCUUUCACGGAAGGUCACAAGUUACAUGAUGGGAGGUUGGUGGAGUGGCGUGCCUACAUUAUCUUAUGAUAAACAAUUUGUUUCAAAAGUCAUGGAGAAAUUCCCAAAAGAUACAGACCUUAUUGUCGCAUGCCAAAAGGGAUUAAGAUCUUUAGCUGCCUGUGAGCAACUAUACAAUGCUGGUUAUACAAACAUUUUCUGGAUUCAAGGAGGUCUAGAAGCUGCUGAAGAAGAGGAUCUUGAAAGGGAAGGUCCUCAGCCCUUUAAGCUUGCUGGAAUUGGUGGAGUUUCAGAGUUUCUUGGUUGGACUGAUCAACAAAGAGCUCAAGCUGCAAAGGAGGGCUGGGGUUACAAGCUAAUGUUUUCUGCUCGAUUGGUGGGGGUUGUUAUUGCUGCUGAUGCAUUGUUUAUUGGGGUCCAGCAACUCUCUCAUUAUCUUCAAGAUAUAAGGGCUAACUAAAGAUCCAUUUUUUUUUUUUUCGUUCAAAGAUUAUAGAUUUCAUAGGCGCUUUUUACAAUUCUUGUAUAAUUUUCAUGAGGUGAUUAUACUGCUAUUGCCUCGCUAAAUUUUGUCUAUAAACCGGAACUAUGUAUGUGUGUAUAAUUUAGGCCAUGUUUUUUUCUUCUUCCAUGAAGUGUUAAAGUGUGGAUAAAUAGAAGGAUAAAAUGUCAUUUCCAUCUACAAAUUAUAUAAGGUUCGGACUUGAUAAGGAAAACCAUUUUCCUGAUUUCUAGAUUUAGUAAUAAAGAAACGUACGCUUUCUUGCAAGCAUAUUAUGUGUAGAAAGCAACCAAUCGGGUGUGAUAUAGUGUGCAUUGAGCCUGAUGAAAGGUGACCCAAGAUUCUGAAAGAAAAAAAAAAGAAAGAAAUUGCAAAGGUUAUGAGAAUGAAUGCAUAUUAAGAAAGUGGGGGAAGGAUCUUAUACAAGCUUUAUGUAGAUUUUUCAUCGUAAAUAUAUAGAAUAGUG